AUGACAACAUCAGAGACAAUACAUCCAGCAUGUCAAUUUCGUAGUGAUAAACCUUGGCUCGAUAAACAAUUUCAUGAUAUUGAACAAACAUCCAUCAAAAAGCCUGAUGAACUAACAUCCGAACUUCAAGAUCCUGAGAGCAAAAUCAAUGAACAAUUGCUCAAUCGUAUUCUUGGUUCUAUAAUUGGAUUACUUUUGGGUGAUGCGCUUGGUGCACAUGUUGAAUUUAGACCACAUGACUUCUUAAAGGCCAAUCCCGUCACUGAAUUACAAGGCGGCGGAACAUGGGGCCUCGAAAAAGGUCAAUUUACCGACGACACAUCCAUGGCUCUCUGUCUCAUGAAUUCACUAAUUGCACGCCAUGGGUUUGUACCGUAUGAUCAAUUAGUUCGCUAUAAAUGGUGGUAUAAGCAUGGUUAUAUGUCAUCAACGGGACUCUGUUUUGAUAUUGGCUCAGCUACUAGUCAAUCAAUCAGAGAAUUUGAAAGACGUCAAACGAUAUUUGCAAAUGAAAACAAUAUUCCUCUUGAUCAAUUAGAUUACUUAUCCGAUUAUAAACUUCUCAAUGAAUUUAAUGUUUAUUGUAGUCAAGAAGACGUAGCGGGAAAUGGUGCUCUCAUGCGUUUAGCUCCCGUACCACUUUUCUUUCAUCGAAAUCCUAAAAUUGCAGUUCAAUAUUCGGGUAUUAGUGGUCGAAUUACACACGGUGAUCAAAAGGCUUAUGAUUCAUGUUGCUAUUUUGGUGCUCUUAUAGUCGCUACCCUUCGAGGCGAAACGAAGAACGACUUGCUCAGUAAUAGAUUCUAUGACGAUCAUAAAGAUUGGUUCAAUGAUGAACCUCUCCAUCCUGAUGUUCAGCAUGUAGCUGAUGGAUCAUUCAAGCGAGCCGGAGGUUAUGAAGAUGGUAUACGAGGUAAAGGUUAUAUUGUUAGUGCUCUCGAAGCUGCUCUAUGGGCUUUCUGGAGUGAUGAAGAUUCAUUCGAGAAAGGUGCUCUUGCUGCUGUUAAUCUUGGUGAUGAUACAGACACAACAGCAGCCAUUUAUGGUGAAUUGGCUGGAACUUAUUAUGGUUACAAGAAUUUACCUCAAAAAUGGCUCGAUAGUAUCUAUGCAAAAAACUUCAUCAUAUGCUUAUGCAAAUGGAUGACAUAUGAGGCAGAAAAGUUUUCUGAUGGUUCAAUUGAUCGUCACGAUUCUGAAGAUCACUCAAUAGUUGAGAGAACAUUCACUGAACAAGACCCGAUAACAAUGGAAGGUUUUCCACCCAUCAUCAUUUCAACACCACCUAAAAUGCCGUCUAUACAGCGUACAGCAAUCGAUCCAGUAGGCAAACUUGGUUCGCUCUAUGAUGCAUAUCGAGAUCGUCUCAUUGUUCAAUCCGAUAAUAUUGUUAAAAAGCAACAACUAUCUGUACUAACUAAAACAAUGAAAUGUUUUGUAAGAAAAGGAAAUUCUCACGAGCAUCUAAACCUUCUUCAAAUGAUUGAUAUUACAAAUGAAUUACGUUUGAGUGUAGAAUUCAAUAUUACACCUGCUCUCGGAAUAGCUAAGACAAUCAAUUAUUCUUUACCGAUUGACGUUCACACACGAUUUCUCUAUUAUAACUAUCUGGAUCGAGAAGAAUCAUUGUUCGACAAUACUGAUGAUAGUAGUCGAUCAAUUUCAGCAUCGAAACUUAAAACUCAGGCUACUCACGUGGUAACAGGUGUCAGUUGGGGAAUUGAAGUUCUUGCCAUUCUACAAUUAUCACCCGACGAUGCAUCCAAGAUCGAUAAUGUACUCAAUCAAAUACGUCAAUAUUUAACGAACAAUGACACUAAUCUCGACAUGACAUCAGAUGAAAAGCGUUUACUUAAUCGAAUCAAUCGCACGACUAUCUAUUCGAAUAUUUAUAAACUAACUAAAAUAACGAACGUACUUGAUCUUUAUUGUAAAAUUGUUGAUGUUCGAAUGAAUCGUACUCGUCACUCACCAUUGACUUAUACACUUUGUCCUAUACGAUUUCUAUAUCCUGAAUAUUCAGAACGUGAUGUAAUCUAUAUUGCAUUAGAACCACGAAUUAUCGAGAAAAUUGAAUUAUAUUUACUUUCAUUAUCUUUUCAAUUCAAGAUAUUAAAAAAAUUAUUAGAACGUAAAUCUUUUCAAUCAUCAGAUGAGUAUCUUUGUCAACAAUUUCUUGAUGCACAAAAUCAAUUUUCAAAUUUGGAAAAAAUCUACACAAAACAAAUGAAAACAUUUCAAGAUUGGAUUAUUGAUAUUCGCAAAGGAAAAAUUUCUUCAAAUGUAACUAUUCAAGAAUUGAUUGAUAAUGAUCAAAAUGGAUUAAAAGAAGCUAUUAAUAACAUUAUUAUUCGUCUCAAUAGUUUAAAAGAAAGAGGAAGUUCAUUGCAUGAUCGACAAAUAACACAAACCGAACAUGAUUCAUACAAUGAUCAUCAUGAUGCAAAUAUCAAAUAUCAAUCAACAAAAGAUGAACGAAAUGAAAAUUUCAAGUAUCCAAUGGAUACAUCGGACGAGAAGUUUGAUCAAAAUUCUUCAUCAUUUGUCGAACUUGAGACAUAUCAUGAAUCCGUUAUUCCGUAUAUUGAUCGUCCAUUGAGAUCAGACAGUACUGAUGAGUUGUUAUUAGACGAUAAAAUUAGUACCGUACAUGUAUCACAUUCGAAGACUUCAUGGUCACCACGAACACAUCCUGAGUCUUCUUCAUUAAUCCCAACCGAAGAAACAACAAACAUACUUCUUCUUGGUGAAAUCGGUGUUGGAAAAUCAACUUUUAUCAAUGCUUUUGCUAACUAUUAUUCAUUUGAUACAUUCGAUAGUGCUCAAUUUGACACACCGGUCGUUGUAACUCCAAGCUCAUUUCUGAUAACGACACGUGAUUCUUCUGUAAUCUCAAUACAUGCCCGACUUGGUACAUCGAACUCCAAUGAAAUACAAGAUAAUUAUGAUCAUUCAACGACUCAACAAUGUAAAUCCUAUCUAUUUCACAUGCAUGACGGAACAAAGAUUCGAUUUAUUGAUACACCAGGACUCGGAGAUAUGGAUGGCUGGAAUCAAGAUCAUCUACAAAUGCAAAAUAUAUUAUCAUUUAUCAAUAAUUUGCCAUAUUUAAAUGCCGUAUGCUUUUUACUUAAACCAAAUUUUUCAAGAUUUUCUGUUUAUGAAUCUUGUUUUCAACGACUUUUUACUUUUUUUGGUGAAAAUAUCCGUCAAAAUAUUAUUUUCUGUUUUACACAUUCGUUUUCCAUGCAAUUCAAUUCUACUGAUGGAAUUCGUUUAUUUGAAUCACAAUUAAAAUCAAUAUCAAAUCAUGGAAUUCGAAUGAAAAAAGAAAGUACAUUUUAUUUCGAUAGUGAAUCUUUUCGUUAUUUAGUUGCUUUACAUAAUUCAAUUGAAUUCGAUGAUGCAUCAAUGUAUCAUAUAAAAUCCAGCUGGUCAAAAUCGAAGAUUGAAGCGAUACGUUUUCUUCGAUAUAUUAAAAUGCAACUUAUUCCAUUUCAAAUCGAUCGAAAAUGUCAAUCGAUUGAACAUGCUCAACUUGAAAUUCAAUAUAUGAUCCGUCCCAUGUUAGAAACAAUGCGAAAUAGGUUGCGAAAUCAUCUCUUGUGGACUAGAGAUUCAUCAAAUACAUCAAUCGAAUUAUGUCCAAAAGCUAUUUCAUCUAAUAUAGCACUUUGUUUAUCAUGCCAGUCUCAUUGUGAUCGGUUUGGAAAGUUUUGGAUAUGUCUCAACAAGCAACAUAAAUUGGAUAGAAACAAAUGUUUUUCUUGUAUUUGUAACUUGAAACGUCAUGUUUCAAUCGAUUAUCAACUAGAUUAUAAGUUGGCAUUGAAUCAACGCAAAUAUAAUUACAAUGAAAUGACCAAUAUUAUUGAACUAAUCAAACUUAGUGCAUAUUUUGCUAAUGUUCUUCUAUGUGGUUCUGAUGAUUCGCAAAAUGAUCCAUUCUUGUUUAGUAUCGAUCAAAUGAUUAAGGAAGAAUAUUUUAUUUAUUCACAUUAUCAUCCAAAUAUUUUCAAUUUGAAAUUAUAUGACUCACUCAAAGAUCUCAAGCGUCAUUAUCAACAAGAUAUGGAGGAAAUGUCCAACAAGCAAAGAGAUUAUAUCGAUUUAUCUCGUAUUGAUGAACGAAUCAAAUAUGUUAGCACUUUGCCAAUGAUAGACGAACAAAUAAAUGCUAUAAAACAAAGUCGUGAAUUGUUUAUUAUCGAACAUGAAUAUCAAGUAUCGCUCAAAAACAAACGUAAAUCAUAA